AUGGCUCGUUUCAAAGGCCCGAGGUCACUCGCCGCGAGCAUAGCUAUCUUGUUCACCUUCCUCGCGACAGCGUCGGUAGCCACUGAAACCGUUUACAUCACCGGACAAGACAAAGAUGGCAACACCGAGCAGCUCGCCGUCAACCGUAGACCCAGCCUUUAUACCGGCGACUUUGGCGACUGUCUUGGAGGGCAGAGCUUGUUCAACAUCACCAAAUUCGACGCCGCCUACUACGCUGACAACAUGACGGUUCAAUUCCACCUGGACGGAACGACCAACAUUAGGAACGAGUCGUUGAUGAACGGCGAGACAAGAUACGAGAUGAACUUUAAUCCUUGCAUGGCAAAUAUUGCUAGUCUGUGCCCUCUGAACGCCAGCAACCCCAUCACGGCAUUUGCCGAGUUCAGGCUUACACCAGCUCAAAUCGAUGGUAUUCCAUCCAUCGCCCUCGAUAUACCUGAUUUUGAAGGUUCCGCCCGGAUUCAGAUAUUCGCGAAUUCCAGUCAGACUCAGAUUGGAUGUUUCCAGGCCGUCAUGCGCAACGGCAACAGCUUUUCUCAUCCGGCGGCGAUUUCGUCCAUCCUGGGUGUCUUCACUCUUGCCGCCCUCCUGGCCUCUUUUGCGACUGCGAUAUACGGCGUCAGCAUUCCUCACAUGAGAACGCAUCACGCUCAUUCCUUGUCCGUUCUGGUUAUUUUCGAGACCUUUCAGACUGUUUUCUUCUCAGGCGCCAUGUCUGUUGACUGGCCCAGCGUUCUGCCGGCAUGGUGGAGCAACUUCGGGUGGGCGGCUGGCAUGAUAUACAGCGAGAGAAUGGUGGGCUCGAUCGACGGAUUCGCUGGCGUAACCGGCAAUGCUAGCCAAGUAGGCGGUGCGGGCUCGACCGUUAUCAAUACCGGCGGUGGUCUUGUGCAACAAAUAUACGGCCGCUCACUGGACACAUUUCCUACGACUGGCGAUGCUGGACCCAUUCAGAGCCUCGCCCAGCGUGCGGUCCGGACCUACAACACAAGCAACCCGUACGAGUACUACUGGGCAGGCGACCCGGUAUCCCCAGGAAUGCCUACGCCAGGUACAUGGAUUGGGUUCGCUGGAGACCUGUCUGCCCUGGGCAUCCCGGCAGCCGAUGCUUUCACUCUAGGUCUCAUUUGGUGGUUGGUUGCAAUCGGGCUGAUCGCCGUCUCCAUCACCAUGUUCAAGUUCGCCCUCGACAUGCUGGUUAGGGCGAAGCUGCUCAACGAGGAUCGCUUCCUCUACUUUCGCAAUCACCUGGGCGGAUACCUGGCGGCAGGAAUCCUCCGAACCCUUCUCGUUUCCUUCUUUUCACUGAUGACUCUGGCAUUGUUCCAGUUCAAUAUUCGGGCGCCUGCAGGCCCGACGGCCAUUGCGGCUGUUGUUUUCAUUUUGCUGCUAGUCGGCGUAGGAGGCAUCGUGGCAUAUGCCUGUUACUUCCGCCUCCGGUUCGGGAAGUAUGAAACGGGCCCAGAUACCAUCGUGUUCGAACAAGGCAAACUCUUUGGCUCGGUUCCAGCAAUCGCGACAACGCGCGCUAGCAAGAUUGGAGAGGAGGAAACGAGCGCGAAGCGCUACGCGUCGAUGCCAUUUUUCAGGAUCCGGUUCGUCGACGACGAUCCAAACCGAAAAAGCGUACACGAAGACGAGCCUUAUAUCAAGAGGUUCGGUUGGCUUUCAGCUCGGUACCGCCGGACCAGAUGGUGGUGCUUUGCAUGCUGGCUCAGCUACCAGUUCAUUCGCGCCUGUUUCAUCGGUGGCGGUGCGCGAAACCCCCUCGCUCAAGUUUACGGACUGUUCAUCUUCGAAAUCAUCGCCUUUGUUGUCUUCAUCAAAAUGAACCCGUUGGAGGGUCAGAGAAAUACAUCUUUGGCGAUCUGGAUGCUGGGCAUUACCAAGGUCGUGACGGCUGGGUUUUCGAUUGCCUUUCUGCCCGAAUUCGCCAUCGGCCGCAUCCUAUCGACAGUCUUUGGCAUAAUAAUCAUCGUCGUCCAGGGUUUCCUUGUCGUUGCGGUUCUGGUCCUUGUUGUUUUGAGCGUUAUCUCGUCAUGGAUGUCGCUCUACCGGAACCGCGAGGAAUUCCCCGAAAAGUUGGAUGCUCGUCGCAUUUCAUAUUACGAACAUAUCCAAAGCAGAGCCGCCGAUCUGCCGCCGAAGCCUACCCCGCAAGUUCCUCAGGAGCCGCCACAGAUGUACUUUUCGGUUAACAGCGUGCGCCGGGCACCUAAGAUUGAAGAUGAUGAUGACGAGGAGGACGAGAUCGGAGACAUCAUCCACCCGCACAAUACCUCGGCGGUGCAGUUUGCGCCUGGGACCAACACCCGACGAAGCCGGACGAAUAGCGUCAGUUCGCGCUACUCCGUCACUAGCUUACCGCGCCGCGCCAGACCUCACCGAACCUCUUGGAGCUCGGCCGACUUUGCCGAAUGGGAUGCCACCGCCGAUAGGCCCGCACCGUCGCUUGCACAUCGCAGCAGCUUCGGUCAUCAGCGCAACGGUUCGUUGAGGCAACGGUCUUACUCCGGCUCGCAGCCUAACCUGGGGCAUCCUACCGACAACUUGCCGACCCCUGAGCGGGCGACAUCGACCAACGAGUUGCGCCGUCUUAUGACCCCCACUGAGGAGGUUCCAGAAGAGAACGUUGUUAUGACACCUAGCCAAAUGGUUCGGCCCGACAACGUCAGCGACACAGCCAACAAUGUCGCCAUUUCUCCCAUAAACGAGCGGGACGAAGAAAGGCACUACGAAAUCAAGGGCGAUGUUUCGCCCAUCGAAGAGAAGGCGCACAAGCCUUAA